AUGAGUAGCACUGGAUCUAUCCUGCUACGAAAACUGUUGUUUAACGUCGCAAACAACACCCGACGUUGGAUGUCCGUGAAACUAGGCGCAAGCUCAAAGUUGGACAAAACUGUACUUCAAAAGUACUUAAACUUACCCGUACCGGAGUGUACGACAUUAGCAGAUUAUUUCUGGGUAGAUGGCACAGGUACUCACUUCCGGUCACGUACAAGAACCUUAGACAAGCAACCAAAAUGCGUGGAAGAUUUACCCGCAUGGCAUGUAGAUGGCAGUAAAACAAACGAAAGCGAUUGCGAUGCGGAACAACAAGAUGUACGCCUUCUUCCGGUAGCGAUGUACAACGACCCCAUGCGUCGGGGCGGAGCUAAAUUAGUACUUUGUGAAUCAUACACCAUGGAUUACAAACCUACUAAGAGUAAUACACGAUCGAAGUGUUGUGAUAUGUAUACGAAAACUAUGAAUCAUCAACCAUUGUUUGGUUUUUGUCAGCAAUAUAUGCUCAUGCAAAUUGAUGGUAAACCCCUGGGAUGGCCAGGAGGUGGAGCGCAACUGCCAUCUACCGGUGCGUAUUACUGCGGAGUCGGUGCGCGUAAUUCCAUAGGGCGGGAAAUUGUCGAGGCGCAUGCGCGUGCGUGUUUAUACGCUGGCGUAGGUUUAUCUGGUUUUAACUCAGAACAAAUCGCUUCAAAAUGGAAAUUUGAAACCAAACCAACCAAAGGAAUCAAAGCUCCUGAUGAUAUUAUCGUCGGGCGAUAUCUACUCCAAAGAAUCGCUGCGGAGUUUGGUGUAGACGCUUCAUUUAACCCUAAAGGCGUGAAAAAGGGUGGGAGUGACUUACACGUCAAGUUUAGCACUUCAUUCAUGGCGGAGCAGAAUGGCAUAGAGCAAAUUCUCGCCGCUGCGGAAGCCUUGGCGAAGAAACACAAAGCGCACAUGAGUAUUUAUAACUCGCGGAAAACGAAACACAGAGGAAAGUUUAAGAAAUUCACAUGGGGCAUGGGCGAUCGUGGUUAUAGUGUACGCAUUCCUUUUGAUGUACAAAGCGCUGGGUGUGGGUAUCUGGAAGAUAGACGUCCAGCAGCCAAUAGUGACCCAUAUGCUGUUUGUACCGCCAUUAUGAAAACCACACUCUGCUCCCAAUAA